GUAAAAUCAAUAUUAUAUUGUAAUGUAAUAAUGCAGUGCUAAAAAUUCAAUUAUUAUUCAGAAUAUCAGCAGCAUAUUUAUUUCCAAAAGUUAAUUAGGUAUUUAGCUUCACAAAAAUAAAGGUAAUUUUGAGAUUUGUUUACAAUUAAGUUUUGACUUUUGACGGAUGAAUUAAUAUUUAGACAAUAUAUUAUAAAGAAUGGCGGUGGAAAAAUUGUACGAAAGUGAAGAUUUUCUUAUUGUGAAUAAACCAUUUGAUAUGUACAUAAACUGUGAUGAUGAAAACGAAAAGAACACAGUUACGAGCCACAUCGCUAAGCAUGAUUCUCACAUGUCAAUAUCCUCGAACCCGCUACACUUCGUCCACCGCCUGGACUACUCCACCAGCGGGGUGCUGUGCAUCGCCAAGAACAGGACGGCGGCGGCGCAGGCUGGCAGACUGUUCGAGAAGCGGCAGACCCACAAGUACUACCUGGCAGUCGUGAGGCAACAUCCAGACUUUGAACUGGGGGAUAUUUAUUAUGACAUAGGUGUGGACCCGUCGCCGGAGGACCGGCACAAGAUGCGUGCCGUGACGCAGGCGCCGGAGCAGGCGGCGGCACCGUGCACGCGCUCGGCGCAGACCCGUCUGCUGCUGCUGGAGACGGGGCUGUACUGCGAGGAGCCCGUCGCGGUCGUGCUGCUCAAGCCGAUGACAGGUCGCCGGCACCAGCUCCGCGUGCACUGCUCCAGCGCCGGCCACACGAUCCUGGGCGACUACACAUACAGCCAGCGAGCGGACAGUGCGCCGCACCGCAUGUUCCUGCACGCCGCCAGACUGGUGCUACCCUUACCGGAUGAGCCCCUGGAUAUUCAAACUCCGGAGCCAUUCGUGAGCGACCCGCAAUUCUCGUCGCGGUACAAGCCGCUCACGACGCUGUACAAGUACAGGAGCAAUGAAGAGUUUGUGUCUGCCUGUGAAGUCAUAGACCGCAACUACACGCUUGGCAUUACCUACAAGGAGUUUAAAAUAUAACGUGUUCAUUAAUUUACUUUUUAUCAGAUAUUUUUAUUUUACAUCUGAUAUUCAAUAAACACGUUUGACUUACAGCAAUAUCUUCUUUUAUAAAUAUAUAAAAGAUAUACUAAA